GUCUUAAUGACGGGUGUUCAGCUGAUAACGAGUGCACAGACGUUGAAAAUGCUGAAUGUGGUACUGGCGGUAAAUGCACUUGUAAAGAUACACACAAACCACAUGCCACAGACGGAACUUGUGAACCUAAAGGUCUUAAUGACGGGUGUUCAGCUGAUAGCGAGUGCGCCACCGUUGAAAAUGCUGAAUGUGGUACUGGCGGCAAAUGCACUUGUAAAGAUACACACAAACCACAUGCCACAGACGGAACUUGUGAACCUAAAGUUGUAGGAAGUACUUGUAGCGGAAGUGAGGCAUGUCCCGGUGACGAGAAUACAAUAUGUAACAAUAAUAAAUGUGAAUGUAAAGAGGACUUUGCAGAAAAGAAUGACGUUUGCACAUUGACUGUCAGUGGAAAAGAUUGCUCAGAUACAUCAAAAUGUGAAAUUGACAAUGCUGUCUGUGACACAGAAACUAGUAAAUGUAAAUGCGACGCUGACUUCACGAUGAACGUUGACAAAUGUGACCCGAAGAAUGCUGCUGCGAUGACUGGGUUCGGAGCAAUUGUGUUUUUGCUGUCGGUUCUAUCAGCAUGUCUUAUGAUGUUCUAAAGGACAAGGAUUUUGUUGGUUUCAAAUGGAUUUGUAUCCGUCACGUCCAGCGUUUGCUUUAAUUUGCUCGUGUGAAAUCUAUAAUUCAAGAAUUCAUUUAUUUUCCUUAAUUAAAAAGCAUCAUACAAUUUCUAUGUUUCAUAAUUCAUUGUUACUUUAUUAUUAAUAUCAACUUAAAUAGAGAGACAUUUACUUUCGAUUUUGCUUAAGUCUGUGUUAUGGGGCGUGGACAGUCGUUCGCAGUACUGUCCAUGAAUAGCCUCAAUCUAACCGAGCCUGCAAUAUAUUUUUGAUUUCGGUGUUCUGGACUUUCUUUAGGGAUUCUAUUUCUCUCUAUUUUACCCAUAUAUAUUUUCUAUGAAAUUUAUUCAUUGGUAAUGACGAUCCUUACAACACACAACAGAAAGGCUUAAAAAUGCGUUUUUUAUUUUCAAAUGAGGAAUUUUAAAGAUUAAAGCUGCAUUAAAUAAAUAUCAUAAGAAAAGAAAUAGCAACAUUCCUUAAAUGUGCUUCAUAUCGACUCAUGCCUUUAGUUUGGUGCCCAGACCACCAAAAUGGUAUUUUAAGCCUAAAAUUCGCAACCUCAUUGUGGAAAAAUCGGACGUACAAUUUUUGUAUGCGUGAGAAACUCGCCUUUGAGUCAUCCGUACAUCAAUAGAAAAAGAACAAACACUUUAGGUAGCAGUCCGAAUUUAACGGAAAAUUUCUGCAUUAUAUUACGGAUGUUUUCAUACAAAUUCAAUUUUUUAUGUGAUAAUUACUUUCUUGUUAACGACAGAGCUAAUGCACCGUGAAACUCAAACGGUAAAAUUUUAUUUGCACAAGGAUAUCUCAUAUUUGCUGUGAUUUGCAUGGUUACAAUUGAUUUACCACUGUGACGUAGCGCAUACACAAGCUAAUUAGACUAGUCUUUAUUUGUAUGUUAAAAUAUACGACCUUUAGUGUUACCGUGGGGUUUUCCUUUUAAAAUCAUAACUUAUGAACAACUUUAACGAGAUUAACAACAACAGCAACAAACAGAAACACAUAAUUUUAGCACAUUAUAACAAUAUUGUUAAGAUGGUAGUUCACAUUUUGAAUCAUUAUAUGUAUUCAUUGUUUUCUUUGAUAUUUGUAUCUUUUUAAACAGUUUCUCAUUUUCUGUUCAUCUGUGUUUCAAAAUAUUCAGAUUAAGAAGUAAAUUUUACAACUGUUUAGUUCUUAAAUGAGGGUUAAUGUUUACUAUAUGAAAAUAUUUUGGUUGAUCGUUCUACUUUUAUUUCAUUAAAAGUGGUAUGUUGAAAUCGAAAAGGUAAUUAGUCGGUAUAGAGUAUUAUCCGGGAAGAAUUUAUUAUAAAAAGUUAAUGAGUGUUUUGAUUAAUUGUAUCCUCGUUUGAAAUAAAAUUAUUCAUACACGUUUGUUUAAUGCACACACUUAUCAAAUAGAAUUGUAUCAUUGUGUGUAAACUUGAAGCUAAACUUGUGGACUUAUUUAAGACAGUUUAAUGACUAGUCACAACGAGAAUAUAUGAGAUUGGAGAUAUCAUCAGUAUAUGACUUCACACAUGUUACAUUACCGUUUAAUAUUCCCGAUGAACGCCAUGUGAUUAUGGAUAAACGUUUCUGCUCAUUUAAGAAUCUAUAUAAGUACACAUUGUGACAUUUUAGAAUAUCGUGUAUUCAAUAAGAUCUUAAAUACAGAAACAUAAACACAAAAUCCCUUGUUUCUUUAAAAUGUUGUACUUCAAAACUUUUAGCCAUUUUUAAUGAAAAGUUAUUUGGUAUUAUUAUUUAUAAUCUGCUAAAAAUGAUUUAUCUGUUAUGAUAGUAUUUUUUUAAAAAAGUAUUCCUAUAAUAAACAGUUGUAACAUA